AUGCAAAAAUAUGAAAAUUUUAGUCGACAUCUUCGAGAGAAAUAUUCUACACGUGUACACAUUGCUGAACAGAUUAUUGAUCAAAUGAAAUAUAACAAUCAAUGGUAUGCACCAUCCGCAUGUAUUGAUAAGUUAAAUCGUGCGAAUAUGAUAAAAGCUCAGCAGGAAAUAUCGUUUUCAUUGAUAUCUUAUUUAAAUAAAUUCGAGUGUGAAAAAUCGAAUUCAAAUGAAAACAAUAAAACAUUGGAACCAUAUUUUCAAGAAUGUGUCUUAGCUGCAGGACGGAUUAAAAACAAUCGACGUUCUGAACGCGAUCGACAGAUUUGUUAUGAAAAUUUUAUUUUAGCAGAAAAACUAGAACGUAUUAAAAACCCACCUGGACGAAUAAGCUCAGCGGAAGACUAUCGAAAUGAUGGAAAUAAAUUAGUUAAGAAAAGAUUUUCGGAAACUGUCAUAAUUUCUUCUCAUUCGUCAUCAACAAUUAAAAGUAAAGCAUCAGCCUUAGACGAUGAAGAUGAUCAAGCAACAGCAGCUGAUAUUGAUGUUGGUAUGGACUAUUAUGAUUCUAGAUCACUACCUAAAAAACGAAAUAAAUCUCGAAAGAAUCAUAAUUCGAAUUGUGGACAAUCAAUGUCAUUGAAGAACGAAAAUGAACAUGUGUAUCAACAUCUAAACAAUAUUGAUAUGCUAAUGGUUAGAGAUACUAAACCUCUGCCAAAACCGCAAAAUUCAAGACAUUUUUCUAUCUGUAUUCUUCCUCAUUCGAAUUCAGAUGUUUUUAAAUCAAAGAGCAAUCAUUCCCAGUUUUUAUCAAACGAUCCACCAUGUGCAUUUAAAAAAGAAGUUUUGUAUGAUUAG